GGAACACCUCCGAAGACUAUUUAAGAAUCCUACAGAAUGUCCCGACCAAGAGAGCCGCCGCGUACAUGAGAGUGUCCAAUCCAGUCAACAGUUCCAAACUGAGCUUGGUGGAGAAAGGUGUUUGUGAAGACAUCCAGUGCAAGAGCGAAGAGCUGGUGAUAACGGAACAAGGCCUGUACCUGAUCUAUUGCCACUUGAACUUUCAUUUUCCCAGCUGUUCCAACAGCCCCACCGACCUCAAGAUAGAGCUCCUUGUGAACGACAAAGUCGACAGGCAAACGUUAUCCACAUGGUGUGCAUCAGAAACAUGCCGAGAAAAGACUUUGAAGACCUUGUUCCAGAUCCAUUUGACAUACCUGAAUGUGAAGGACCGAAUAUCAGUAACACUUAAUCAUCCUAAAUUCUUGAAUGAAAUUUCUCUUCCCAAUGAAAAUGUUCUUGGGGUCUUGAGGUACAGCGAUAAAAUGUGA